AUGGGCAAGGCAGGGCGCGCAGUAUGCAUUUUCACGCCAAUGGCGUUGACUAUCGCCUCGUUUGUCUGCAUUCUUCUCAUCAACCUGGGUGGCAUCAGCAAGUCAUCAACAACACUGAAUGACCUGCACUUCUUCAGUGCCGACUUCACAAAUUUCACAACGGACAGCAGUACACUGGGUACGGUUAUCAACCUGGCCAAGCAAGAGGGAUUUAUCUCAAACAAGUACGAAAUCUUCCUCUGGAACUACUGCGAUUCUGGAAACGGUACUGGUAGCGAAAACAUCACUCACUGUUCGGCUCGUCAGACUGGCUUCUGGUUCAACCCUUACAAGGUCUGGAGUCUCGAGAAGGCCCUCAACGCCACCGAAGAUGUUCUCGACAGCAGCACCCGCAAGUCAAUCGAUUUGUACAAGAAGCUGAGCAAGUGGAUGUUCGCCGCCUACUUCGCCGGCCUGUGGGCCUUGAUUGUCACCAUCGUCUUCGGUAUACUCGCAGUCUGCUCUCGUUUCGGCAGCUUCCUCACCUGGAUUUGCGCCAUCAUCUCUACCAUCCUCAUCUUUGGUGGCUCCAUCACCGCAACAGUCAUGUUCAGCAUACUUGUCUCGACCUUGCACGAAAAGCUCAAGGAUUACAACGUCACAGUCAGCCUUUCGACACACAUGCUCGCUGUGACUUGGCUCGCUACUGCCUUCAUCCUCCUCGCCACCAUGUUCUGGCUCUUCAGCUGCUGCUGCUGCUCCGGAAAGUCCAACCCUCACCACAUCCGCAACAAG